CGAAUAGAAUGGAGUUCAAUAUAUGGAGGUGCUGAAGGAGUAUUAAAAAUUAAAUUUUUGGUUGAAACAUACGCCUGUUGAGAUUGAAGAUAAAGGGGAUAAAAUUUUUAUUGUACAACAGAGAGUGGUGGCUAUUGGAUCUUUAGGUUUAUAUUUUUUGAAGCUAUCGCAACCUAAUUCUAUCUUAAAAUGAGGAAUCAUCAAUUGAUUUACUGAAGUAGGUCGGUCGAUUAUUUAUUCAACCUACUGGAAGUGAUAGAGAGGGAGUGUCUAAUUUUGCUCCUUAUUACUUUGAUCGAAUCUAUUAGUAUAUUGGAAGUAACCCUAAUUUUAUCGUUUGCUCUCAAAUUUUGAUGGUCCCCUCUUAGCUGAGUUGUUAGCAUAUAGUUGACUGGAAUCAACAUCUCUUCAUUUCGUUUUGAUAAGUGGCAUAUUGUUCCUAAAAUGAGAGCAUUGAACCUUUAUGUGGGAUUGCGAGGUUUAAGAUUUAGUUAGGGAAUUUCAGUGAGCUUUUAUACUCUUAUCUUUCUUGACAAUCAACUAACCAAUUGCAUUUACUGGGGACUUAAUUAUAAUUUUGAAUCGCCUGGAUAACAAACUUGCAGGAUGGAAGACCAAAACGCUUACCCUGGCGGGGCGAGUGACUCUGGCAACAUCGGUGCUCAGCUCUUUGCCCACCUACGCAAUGCAAACAACGUUGCUGCCAAUAGCAAUCUGUGACGAAAUUGACAAGCGUGUCCGGAGAUUUAUUUGGGGUCCACUGUCGAAGCCCGUAAGAUUCAUCUCGUCCACUAGGAGGGCAUCUCCAAACCCAAGGAGGAGGGAGGUUUGGGGCUCAGGAAAGCGCAUGAGUUGAAUCUCGCUUUUCUAAUGAAACUUUAUUGGGUUUUUGUUAAAAAACCAAAUGAGCUGUGGGUUCAAGUGUUGCAGGCUAAAUACUUUAAGUAGGUUGGUGGCGCAUUACAGGCAAAGUCAAUGGCGCGAGCUUCUAAUCUCUGGCAUGGCAUCAGGAAGGUGUGGCCGAUUAUGUCCUUGGGCAUGCGUAUGAGUAUCAAGGACGGGCGUGACACUAGUUUCUGGACGGACAGAUGGGUAGAUUUGGGGGAGAUGCUCAUUGAUCACGCACUGGAUGCAAGUUCCCCACCUAAUCCCACCCUUCCGGUGGCGCAGUUCACAACUCCUGAUGGUGAGUGGAAUAUCCCACAUUUGCGUUCACAUCAGCUCGAAGAGCUUGUUUUGCAGGUAAUGGGCGUGCAAACCCCGAAGGAAGGGUACGACGCUGACAUUCCAAUCUGGGGCUCGGAGCGAGACGAACGAUUUCGGGUAAAGUCUGCGUACCAGCUCCUUACCGAAGGAGAAGAGGCUCAUAACACCUUUGACUGGCGAUCCAUUUGGAGAUGGAGAGGACCUGCACGGAUCACCCAUUUCCUUUGGUUAGCAGCGAGGGAGAGGCUCCUCACCAACGGCGAACGAAAUCGGCGACAUCUCUCCACCACGAACAUAUGCCCGCAGUGUAAAGCGGCCCCAGAAACAAUCUUGGAUGUGUUGCGAGAUUGUGAAUUUUCCAGGUUACCUUGGAUGCAGUUCAUACAGCCUUCUGGCCACCAGCGGUUUUUCAGAUCCCACCUGCAGGAUUGGAUCAUUCACCAUGUCCGACAGGAAAAAACUAGCCUUGAUUUUGGCAUUUUUUGCUGGUCCCUUUGGCAGAUUAGGAAUGAUCGAGUCUUCGCAGGCAAGAUCACGACCACUGCGGCCUUCAUAUAGCACGUCCGGGCAUGGAUAAAUGUCGUGCAGAAUGCCUUAGACAAAGACAGGCUCAUUCACUAGCCUCGUCUGCCCAUGAAAACGGAGGUGGAGAUCUAUUGGAAGCCGCCACCUCCCGAGUGGGUCACUCUCAACUCUGACGGCUCCAUUCAUACUGACUCAGGUCAUGCUUCGGCCGGUGGCCUGAUUCGAGAUCAUACUGGACGCUGCCUUGCAGCGUACGCGAUUAACCUGGGGAGUUGCUCUAUCACCUGGGCUGAGUUGAGAGGCGCGGUAGAAGGGUUGUAGUUGGCUUGGGACACGACCAUCGACGUGUCUGGGUGGAGCUGGAUUCUCUUUGUGCGGUCCAGCUACUUCAGAGUUUGGACGCACGAGACCACCAGCAGACGACCAUUAUCCAGAGAUUCCAAGAGUUGCUCACCCGUCAAUGGGAAUUUGUUGUUUCCCAUGUUUUUAGAGAGGGGAAUAAGUGUGUUGACCAUCUUGCUAGCCGUGGGCAUUUGUUGCCACUAGGUUACCAUUCCAUUUCCUGUUCUGACCCUGCAAUGCUUAACUACAUUAUGUACGAUUGCCAGGGGCUUCUGAACCCCGUUUGGUUUUGAAUGAAGGCUGAGAUGCACAACCUCCAUUUAUAAAUUUUAUUUUAUCAUUUUGAAAAUGAGAUCAAUGAUACAUUUUUAUAUUUCUCCAAAUGUUCGAUCUAUAUAUUCUUUCUUUAUGUGUCUCGAUCGAAGGAUUGUCAAUAAAAUUAAACGGGUUGAUAGAUUUAAACGUAACAUGAAAAUAUAAAUGAUCAAAUAUCAAUAUUCCAGCCAACAGGUCGGGUUAUAAGCUAGUAUUAUUAAAGGUGAAAGCCAAAACCCGUUGCUCCAUUUCAAAUUCCGUGCAUCGAGAGUGAAAGUAUGAAGGACAUUUUUGUCUUCACAACUACUUAUUUCUUUUCUAUUUAUUCAAAAAAAAAAUAUACAUAAGGGGAUUUGAAUCAUGACCACUUUUAAGAGAGGGAAUGGAUACAAUACAACCAAUCGCGCUACAUAUAUUUGUUGUAUCUUUUAAAAUAAAAACAUACACAAACCUAAAAUCUCAAAAAUCAGAAGACCUUUUCAGCAGUUAGCUAGCAACUAAAUCUCUCAUAAGUAUUUAUUUGGUGAUUUGAUACUUUGACUUUCAUAUUUUUUAUUAUUUUAAUUGUAUUUUAAUACUUAAUUUAUAUUUCAAUGUAUAUUAUAAACAGAGGAUAACUUUAAAAUUGCAACCCAUAUAUCACUUGGUUGAAUAUUGCAUAUAAAAUUAGAGCAUUAAAUAGGUCGAAGCAAUGUUAAAAUUUUAAAUUAGUAUUAAUUUUUAGAAUUAACAAUGAAGAAAUCAUUUCCUUAUGCAGACUAUAUGGGACUGUGUCUUUUAACGUUUUAGCCGGGUUAACUGCUAAGCUUUCAACAUGUUCCUAAUCUGGCAUGAUUAGAUCCAAUGAUCAUUGUACGAGAUUGAACUUAAUUAUUGUAUCAUUUCACCAUUUUUUGACAUGUUAAUGAAUUUCAAGGGCAAUG